AUGAAUUGGCGCGCUGCGGUCUUACUAUUUAUAAAAACAGUUAGUCUAACUUUAAUUGAAACUGCGGAUGCUGUAGAAAAAGAUCAUUGGAAUAAUAAUAACGACAAGAAAGAAGAAUUACGUCAACUAAAUGUACACAAUGAUGACGCAAAAGAUUUACAAUCUUUAUCAGACGAUGAUUAUUAUUAUGAUUCAAGUGUAAUUCCAAUUGUUCGUCGUCGCAGAGGAAUUGGUGGUGUGGGUGUUGGCACGCUAAAUGGUUUAGCAAGGAAACCCGUAGAACCUUUGAAAACUGGAGUGCGGAAAGUGAAGAAACCAGCAAAUAUCUAUUAA